CAUGACCUAACAAUGAGGGAGGCUGGGCAAAGAGUACAGCCAAAUUUGAGCAGGUACACUGUAGCAUCCAUCAUCCGGACUUUCCGCAAUGAGAAUAGAACUGAAAGAUUACCAACAAGAGGUGGACGGGGCCGUCUUCUGUCUCCUGAACAGGAAACAGAGAUCAUGAACAUAGUUCUUGAAAAUAACGCCAUUACCUUACGGCAAAUACAAAGAAAAAUAAUAGAAAACAAUGAGAUAUUUCAAAAUAUUGAUAGGGUAAGUUUAUCAACGCUGGACCGUGUCUUGCACAGAAAUAAACUGAGGAUGAAGCAGGUCUACAGGGUGCCAUUUGAGCGCAAUUCAGAAAGAGUCAAAGAAUUGCGAUAUAACUAUGUGCAAAGAGUCCUUGAGCUGGAGGUGGAUGCAGUGGAGCACCAGUUCAUCUUCAUUGAUGAGGUCGGAUUCAACCUCACAAAAAGACGAAGGAGGGGAAGGAAUAUAAUCGGCCAGCGUGCCAUUGUUGAAGUCCCUGGCCAGCGCGGAGGGAACAUCACAAUGUGUGCAGCUAUGACCCACCAUGGCAUCAUCCAUCACCAUGCUACCCUUGGCCCCUACAACACUGCCCAUCUGAUCACAUUCCUGGACACCCUACACAACACACUCAUUCCACCAGAUCAGAUAGACGGCUCAGAGCAGCUCAGGUACGUUGUCAUUUGGGACAACGUAAGCUUCCACCGGGCUGCUCUGGUUCAUAACUGGUUCACUGACCACCCACGCUUUUCAGUUGUUUAUCUCCCUCCAUAUUCUCCAUUCCUCAAUCCUAUUGAGGAAUUUUUUUCUGCCUGGAGAUGGAAAGUGUACGACCUAAAUUCAGAAACGCGUAUACCCCUUUUCCAAGCUAUGGAAGACGCAUGUGGAGAUAUAGCAGUUGAUGCUUUUCAUGGCUGGAUUCGCCAUACUAGGCGAUAUUUCCCCCGCUGCUUGGCCAGGGAAAACAUUGCUUGUGAUGUAGAUGAGGUGCUGUGGCCAGACCGAAACAGAAGAGAGGAUGCAGCAUAGUUUUUUUUGUUGUGUUUUUUUAUUAUUAACUGUAUACAGUAAAAUCUUCUGCACUGUAUGUGCAACUUUGUGUCGGUUGGGAUGUACACUGUGUACAUUGUUUUGUGGGAAAAAUAAAACAUGUUUGUUACAGUA